AUGAAUGUGAUUUCAUGGAACAUUAGAGGGCUUGGGGCAGAUGGCAAAGGCGGGUGGUGUAGGAAAUUAAAGACGGAAAAUGAGGUGGGAUUUAUUUUGAUCCAGGAAACUCAAUUCAGUUCAUUGGAUACGAUUAAUGUUAGUAGCUUCUGGGGCUCGGGUGAGUUCGAGUUCGAGUAUGUUGACGCUACAGGUCGGUCGGGUAGCUUGAUUACUCUUUGGAACCCGAAGUUGUUUGUUAAAGCUUCGGUUUUGAAAGAUAGAAAUAUGCCCGUGGUUUCUGGUCAUGUGAAAAGUGACGGUUCCAAAUUGACGGUUGUGAAUGUGUACUGCCCGCAACGGUUACAAGAUAAAAGGCGGGUGUGGGAGCUUAUGAAGUCGGUGAAGUCGGAUGGGGAUGGGUUGUGGAUUGUGGCCGGAGAUUUUAAUAGUGUGAGGGAUUGUGCAGAACGGCGUAAUUCAAAUUUUGAUUUGGCGGAUUCGAAUGCUUUUAAUGAGUUUGUGGAGGAUGCCGAGUUGUAUGAAUUUGGUUUAAAAGGUCGGAAAUUCACUUACUUAGCUAAUAAUAAGCUAAGUCGGAUUGAUAGAAUUUUUGUAGAUUGGACGUUUUAUAAUAAAUGGCCAAAUGCGGAGUAUCGGGUUCUAGACCGAGAUGGUUCGGAUCACUUCCCUUUAUUGUUGAAGAUUGGUUCGAGUAAUUUUGGUGCGAAACCGUUUAAAUUCUUCAACUCAUGGCUUGAACGGGAAGGCUUUGAUGAUGUGGUUAAAAACGCGCUUGAGAAUUUUAGUUUUACAGGAGCCCCGGAUAGUCUUGAUGCAGAAGUUUAA